GUAUGUGUAGUCAUACUCAUAAUGAAUAACUGUGUUUUGUGGUACGCAAGACAAUAUGCCAUUUUCGAAUAACCAGCAGAACAUUAAUUUGCAAAUACAUUAAAGGUUGGCGAACUUGCCACUGUGCGCGGCUACAUACGGAUCACAGUUAUUAUUAUUAGGUGGUGUUGCGCUCAGCUAGAUAGCUAUACAGCUUCACGUAAGAUCUUUGGCACUGGGUCCAACGGAGUAGUUUCAGACAGGGCCAAUUUUUAUAAUUAAUUGUAGCUUUGUGUCUUUGUUGAGUCGUGCGAGAGCUGCUUCUGUAUAUUCAGAAACGAUCAAAUUAACGUAGAACGUAUAAAAGUCGCGGAACAGGCCGAGAAUUUCCAUGAAUUAAGGUUGCAGAUGUAGUGAGUUGUUGGCUGUUUGAGGGUAUGAUCAACCAUUUUUUGAUCUAUCAAGACUUCACUUCCGUGGCGUAGCUUAUGCUAUGAUUUAAAAUUUCUACGUUCUGACUGCUGCGAGGUAGUUCAUAUCGAACAUGCGCGUAAACGGAAGCUGAAAUUACUCGUUAAAACGAGUAAAGGAGAUAUUAUUAAGGAGAGCGGCGGAAACAAGAAGAAUCAUGGUAUCAACUAGACUCUCCGGAAAUUUUGGCGGUGGAGGUGAAAGCCCUACAGCGGGGCCCGAACCAGGACCGUCCAAAUCAGCUCGCACUAGCUUGGUACAAACGUCAAUUUGUGAACCCAGUACAAGCGUGGUAAUUGUGAAGCCAGCCGAACCAAAACCACCACCUACUUUGUUAGACUUUCCUGCCGAGAUUCUGGAGAAAAUCUUUUCGUACCUGAGUUUUAAAAAUGUAGCACAUCUUCGUCCGGUGUGCCACAAGAUAAACAGCAUCUGCUGCCACAUCCUCAACACGACCUUCCAGCGACUGCAGGGCCAGAUGCUAGUGCGCUUCCAGAGCAUAAAGUCAAGGAUGCCGCGCCGCGAGUCGGCGCGCCGCAACCACCCACUGGCGUGCGAAUCUGACAUUGUGGAGACACUGCACAUGCGGCUGACUCUGCUGCAGAUGACAUUCGGCAAACACAUAGAGCGCAAGCACUGCUGCUUCUUUGCUGGCGAGAUUCUGGACGAGGUGUAUCGGAUCCUGCACUACAUAAGUGUGACUCCUGUCAUGGCACGGCCGUACAAGGUGACCGACGAGCUCUUCGACCUGUCGACUAUGGCCAUGGAGUAUUUCAAGGAGUUUAUAGAGCCGAAACUGCCAGAAAUCAACUACUUCAAUGCGAACUUCCUCGACUUUGCCUCGGCCUACAACAAUCAGCCGUACCUGGUGCUGGACAGCGCCUCCACAUCCGGUAGCAGCCGCACGGGCGGUGACGAUGGCCACAUGUACGGUGAUGACCCCGCGUCUGUAGUUGCCGCAGCAGCUGCCGCCAUGUGCUUCCAGGACGACCAGCUGAGCGACCCGCCCCCGCAGUCAAACAUGGUGCUGCGCAAGCGCAUCCGCAAGAUCAAGCAGGGCAUGAAGAGAUACAAUAGCCAGCUGUCGCUGAUGCGUCGUGACUUGCGGAACUGCAAGAAUAAGAUAGCUGACCAGCAGAAACAGAUUUUAGACUAUGCGGCAAGACUUGAUGAGAAUGACAAGAAGAACGAAGAAACUUCACGGAAAUUCAGUACAUUGCUGCAGGAGCUGAACAAGUGCAAGACAGAGCUGCAAUACUGGCGCUCCAAGUCUCCCGCGAACCUGCCACUCUGCGUGUCGUGCGGUGUAGCAGUGGCGCCCGCACCGCCGGAGGACCUGCAGGCGCUGGCCAACCAGGGCGCACUGCCCCAGGGGCUGGACCUCGCCGCCGUCGACUUCGUACCUAUCGCGGGCUCCGUCAACAACCCGCCUGCGCCCGCCUCGGACGCGACCGAUGCUGCGCCCCAGCAAGUGCCGCUGCAGCAGCCCCAGCCGCAGGUGCAGGUCCAGCAGUUGCAGCUGCAGGAGCCACAGACGCAGCUGCGGCAACCCCCGAUAUCGGCAGGUGCGAGCUCGGCGUCCCAGGAAGCGGAGGUGGCCACAUCUGGCGCAGUUGCGGGAGCUUCGUCGCCGGCCUGUCAGGCGGCUCACGUGCAGCUAGCGACCCCCGUCGCGUGCCGGGCGUGUCCCUCCGCAACAAAGAGGAGGGCACCGGGUGGUGACACUGCGUCCGAGCUCCAGGAGGAAGAGGCAGCCAUGACGCCUGUGGCCGUGCGGCCCGGAUCCCCCAGCACCGACGAUGCAGACGGAUCGGCCUCGCCGAAACGGGUCCGCCGCCUGUCCAAGUGCAGAGGGAAGCGCCUGAAGGUGCAGUAAUGGGUGGGGUCGUUCUCUCUCUCGUGAGGUUUUGUGGCGUUCUCUGCCGGGUCGGGAGCACGAGAUUUUAGAGUCUGAAAUCGCACCUCUGCAGGAAAGUGCAGUUUGUCUGCAAAUGUGCUUUUAAGUGGUUUGCUCAUUGUACUAAGCAAAAUAACCGUUCCAUCCCAUUAUCGUGUCGAAACUCCGAGAAAUUCUGUGGAGCAGUAGGAAUAGUAUUUUUGCCAUCUUUGUAGGAAACCCCAGUAUCCCACCCGCAACCUUCACAAUAUCUGUGACAAGUCGAUUAAUACUGUGUCACUACACUUACAGUCUGUAGCUUAAUAGCUGUUGUGAGAAGGUGACAAAAUCUGUGUAGUUUCACUAAUAAGCAGACAAGUCUUCACUUCAAAAGAGAACGGUGCUAGUGGCAGAUAAAACUUGUGAAACCAAAUAAAUGUAAAAGUCUGUUUACACAUGUGCACAAUACUACCUGCUUCUGGCCAAACUGGAACUAUCACGCGUUGACUGAAAACUCUCGUGCUCCCUGCUACCGGCGUAGUAAACGAAAUUAGCACAGUUUUUGAGGAAACUGGAAAGGAAGCUAACAUUGGUUUCACAAUUGGCCUGUUUUAAUGUGCACGAUAUAUCUGGUCGUUGAACAGAUAUUAAAAAUUUUUAACUGAGAUUGCUACCAAUGAUUUUAGGCAGCAACUUUUAGCCCUCACUUCUACAAACUGGUGCACUGUAAAUUAAAGCUCACACAUUAAUGAGAUGCACAAGAUAAAAACUUGAAAUUGUCUAAAAAUGAUCAACAUUAACACAGUGUGCUGUUACUUGUAUAAGUGAGAGAUGAAAACUGUGGCUUAAAAUUCAGAAUAACUUCUUGGUAGGAUAGAAGACUGUGAGGCGCACCUUCGAAAACUCUGUAUUGCUGCACCUGCUAGAACAGGACUUUGGCUAAACAAAUGCUCCACAUUGUUGUGCAUAAUAAAAUUCAAAAACAAAGGGCAAGUGGUACGUGCAUUCUUUAAUGAUGGAAGAUAUAGAUAUUUUUAGAAAUGUUAGUCUGACAAAUUUUAGGAGAAAUGGUCAUUUUGGUGUGUGGAUGCUCUACUACUCCUUGCACUGUGAUUUUACUAUUCUGCAAAACGUGAGUUACAUUGAAGCAUAGCUUUUGAUUGGAGUGAGCAAAGAAAACAUCUCUGUAAAUAAAUUUAUGCCUUAAGAAAUCAUUACGUUAGGAAAUAUUUUGUUAGGAAACUUGAUAAGGGAAUAUGCCUGUAAGGUUUUAUAAGAGUUCUGCCAUGUUACAAAACUAUUUAUUUGGUUAAGGAAUCAUUGGGCUACGCAUUUUUUCUGUAGUAUAUUAGUGCUUGAAGAAAUGUUUUAAGGAAAGUCAUAGUUGUUGUACUGAACUGAGCCAGUUGUUAGACUUUUGUGUGCACGAAAAUGCACUAGGCAGUAAUACAAUCGACAACACUACAAUAUUUAUUUGCAGCAAAGAAUCUCAUCUGCUAAAUGUUAACAGCUUUUACACAGUUGCUUGCGUACAAUUUGAUCGUUGUAGCUUGAUUGUAGCAAGACGAGUGUGAGAGUUCUGUUUCAAUAUACAACCUUUGCAGUACCUGCUCGUGCAGUUUUUUGCUUGAUGUUAAACAGGAAAUAGUCAUCUGUAUGCAAAAAGCUUCUUAAGUCUUUCUAACUUUUUGACAGUUGUGCUUCAGCAGUGUUUAUUUUAUGAUAAAAUGCAUCCCUUAGCAUCAUAGGCAGUCAGGGAUGUGUGAGAAAUGUUUAUUUUUGUGUAAAAUGGUUCGUUGCUGCCUGAAUUGGACCUCUCAAUGGAGGUUGGUGACAUUUUGUGGAAGGUAAAGUGUUUACUGACUUUUAGGCACUGCCUCUCUGUGUGUGUGUGUGUGUGUGUGUGUGUGUGUGUGUGUGUGUGUGUGUGUAAUAUAAAUAAGAAAAUGUGUGGACUACUAUAAGUACCUACUUUUUGUAACUGUAGUAUUAUAUUGCCAGCAGUUUCUCCAAAACAUGUUUGCUGUGUGGUUAGUUUACUGUGAGUGUUUAACAAUAAAUUCUGUAUAAACAUGUGAAUAUUAGACAUUAUAUUUACCAUCACAAUACAGUAUUUUUCUUUUUUCUUCAGAAUAUAACCUAACUUCCAAGCUCUUAUGUUGACAGUAACGUGUGUUCUAUGAUAGGAUUUCUUCUAUCUGUACAUGCAGAAAAUACGAACUCUUUAUUUUGUACAAAUAUCAGAACAGGUGCACCACAAAUUUUAAAAAAGUAUUGUAGCCUACUUACUGUACUUGCCACAACUAUCAUCCUGUUGUAGACUGGUCACUUCGUUAAGCUGUGGCACCUUUGUAAUUUUUGACCUAGCUUGUAAGCUGUAGAGUAAAAUUUCUCGCUGUUGUACACAAUUCAGGCAGGUGCUCGUCGAUAUUGAGGAAUGUUGUUCGGUCAUGAAUUUACAUUUCGAUUACUGUGAUAGAUGGAAGGGAAGUGCACAUCCCAGUUUUUGUUACAAAGGUACCACAGUUUAGAGACCAGCACAAAGGAAUUACUUAAAAAUAUUUUUGUUAGUGCCACUGGCAGAUAUUUGCUUCAGUGGCCUGAAAUAUAGAGCAACAUACAUUAUUUUAAUUAGUGGUAACAUAAUGUAUGUUAAUAAAGUACAUGAUAUGAGUAGUGGUUUGACUAUAUGAGUGAUGCACAUUGAAGAGACCAAAAGGGAUAAAUUUGAUUGGUAGAGUUGUAAGACUACUAUAACGUUUGUCUAGAAGUGACCUUGAAAAAUUUAAAAAAGAUUUUAUUCUCACUUUUUACUUGUAUUGCAAAAUGUUUUCAGAUGUUGUGUGUUUAAGGUCAAUAUGUAUGUGGAUCGAUUCUCCAGUCUUUAUUUCCAGGGGCACGUGAUAGUUAUGUUACAUACAUGUGUACAUGGAAAGUAGAGCUUUAAAAAUAUAUAUAUAAAUAUACGUACAUAUAUUUUAUGAUCCCACUCGUGUGUGUGUGUGUGUGUGUGUGUGUGUGUGUGUGUGUGUGUGUGUGUGUGUGUGUGUGUGUGUGUUGCUUGAGUAGAAGUGUUGCAGUGAGAUGGGGCACUCAGUUUUAUAUUUUGAAGUCUACUGAUAUAUCUUUAAAUGAAAGCCAUGACACAAAGAAAGUGAAUUGUACAAGAUAUUUUAGUUCAACAGUUGAGCAUACAAGCAUGGAUGUGUGUAUGUACAUACUACUAUGAUCUCUAAUAAACUGGAUAUAUUAAAUAUGAA